CGUGUAGAGAGAGGCGGAGUAAAGUGCAGGCCGCAAACAGAACAAAAUGGUGACCUUACGAUCAGGGACGAGGACAAGAGGAGAAGAAACUAAAGAGGCAAAGUCUGAGGUUCUUGUAAAUGGCAAACAUACAGGCACUCUGAAUGGAAAGUCUCCAUUGCUUAAUGGUCACACUAAUACACACCCAAAGAAGGAUACAAAUGGUUCUUCCAAGAUGCAGAAAGUAAUGUUCAUCAGCUUACUGUUGGACCUCCUCGGCUUCACUGUCAUUCUGCCGCUGUUUCCUGCCCUGUUGGAGUACUACUCUAGAAAUGACAGCAGUGGACUGUACUCCACCUUGCUCUCGUGGAUUGUUGCUUUCCAGGAGGCCAUUGGAAUUCCAGCCAAAUUCCACUCUGUGUUGUUUGGAGAGCAAGUUCUCUCCUAUCUCUUUGCAUGGUCUUAUCUUCUCAUCCUUCCUGGACAAAUUAUGCGCUUCAGUUAUACUGUUGCUAGUUCCGGAAUUGGUGUGGCAGCCUCAUAUGGCAUGUGGGCCAUAGCCAGUAACUUUGCCAUCUUUGUGCUGGCAAGAAUUAUUGGAGGAGCAACCAAGGGCAACGUGUCUCUUGCCUACUCCAUAAUGACGGACAUUUCGGAGGAAAAGACAAGGGCAAAGGGAAUGGCCAUGAUCGGUGUGGCCUUCAGCAUUGGAUUUACGGUCGGGCCAGCCAUCGGGGCCAUGUUCUCACGCUGGGGAAGCACAGGCUGGUUCAUGGCCUCAGCUCUCUAUGCCCUUGUGCUGGCCGUCCUCAAUGUGUUGUACUUCUACGUCUUCUUUGAGGAAACACUGCCUGAGUCAAAAAGAAGAAAAUCGCUCGGUACUGGGUUGUCUGAGGCUUGGGAUCUCAUCAGCCCUCGCUCCCUCUUCAGUUUCAGAUCUGUGAAAGGCCUAGAAAAGGAAGAACGUGCCAGAUUAAUCAGACUUGGACACGUGUACUUCCUGUACCUGUUCAUGUACUCUGGCCUGGAAUUCACACUCACCUUCGUAACGCACCACAAGCACCAUUACACCUCAAUGGACCAGGGCCGCAUGUUCACUUUCCUGGGGCUGGUCAUGGCGGUGAUGCAGGGCGGGUAUGUGCGCCGCAUCAAGGACGGGAGCGAGAAAUCUAUGGCUAAUAUGGGUUUGGUCAUGAUGAUCCCAGCUUUCAUCUUGGUCGGUGCAAGUGAGACUUACCUGGGACUUUAUGCUGGACUUACUCUCUAUGCUCUUGGUUCCUCCAUGAUGGUACCUUGUCUAACUGCUCUGGCAUCUUACCAUGGAGCUGAUUCUCAUAAGGGCACCUUGUUAGGGAUUUGGAGGUCCCUUGGAGCCUUGGCCAGGGUCAUUGGGCCUAUUGUCACCUCAGUCUUCUUCUGGAUUGUCGGAGCGGAGCUGUGUUACGUUGUGGGUGGCCUGCUUAUGGUAAUUCCACUGGUCCUCUUUCAGUCUUACUGAAUAGUUCAUUGAAGAAACACUAAUUUGUGUUAAAAAUCUCCUUACUCUGGAUACGUCAGAGUCACUCAGUUAGAGUAUCGGGUACUUUUGAACAAAGUGGAAGUAAUCUCUGAAUGUAUGUAUGUUUGUAUGUAUAUAUAUUUUUUUUUAAUUUAUU